CGUUUUUCGUGCAAAUGAUUAUCGAGGCCUGCGAGCUCGGGACUUUACUAUUCGCACAUUAAAAAAAAGAAAAGGAAUCCGAGAGACCGUGUCACUUGGUCAAAGGCGCCCAGCGGAAACGGCCAGGCGACCUCCGGGCUCUGAAGUUCUCUGCAGGAGACCCUGAGCCCCGACUUCCCCACCUAUCUGGGGGCGAGGUCUCCUUCCACGGUCACCAACUCCACGGCAGCGCCCCCACCGCCGCGGGGCGGGGAGCUAGCCCCCUCUCGAGCACGUGGUCACGCGCCAGCCCGGGCGAGGAGACGUGGGCGCCGCUCUAGCCGCCGCGGCGCAGGUGCCGGAGUCUCGCUGGCGUGACGUACUUCCGGCGCGGUGGGGGGGGGAGGCAAGAUGGCGGCUCCCAUGGAAGUGGCCGUGUGUACGGACUCGGCGGCCCAGCUGUGGAGCUGCAUCGUGUGGGAGCUGCAUUCGGGCGCCAAUUUGCUCACGUACCGCGGCGGCCAGGCCGGACCCCGCGGCCUGGCGCUGCUCAAUGGCGAGUACCUGCUGGCGGCGCAGCUGGGCAAGAACUACAUCAGCGCCUGGGAGCUGCAGCGGAAGGACCAGCUCCAGCAGAAGAUCAUGUGUCCUGGACCUGUCACCUGUCUGACCACAUCGCCCAAUGGCCUGUAUGUCCUGGCGGGGAUUGCAGAGAGCAUAUACCUGUGGGAGGUCUCCACGGGGAACCUUCUGGUCAUCCUGAGCCGCCACUAUCAGGAUGUGUCAUGCUUGCGGUUCACUGGGGACAGCAGCCACUUCCUCUCGGGGGGCAAAGACUGCCUGGUGCUGGUGUGGAGCCUGUGCAGCGUGCUGCAGGUGGACCCCUCCAGGACCCCAGCCCCCCGGCAUGUGUGGUCUCGUCACACCCUCCCCAUCACAGACCUGCACUGUGGCUUUGGGGGGCCCCUGGCCCGGGUGGCCACCUCUUCGCUGGACCAGACGGUGAAGCUGUGGGAGGUCUCGUCGGGCGAGCUCCUGCUCUCUGUGCUGUUCGACGUGGCCAUCGUGGCCGUGACCAUGGACCUGGCCGAGCACCACCUGUUCUGUGGCGGCAGCGACGGUUCCAUCUUCCAGGUCGACCUUUGCACCUGGCCUGGGCAGAGAGAGAAGACCUUCCAGCCGGAGCAGGACAGCGGGAAGGCGUUCAGAGGGCACAGGAACCAGGUGACCUGCCUGUCCGUGUCUACUGAUGGCAGCGUGCUGCUCUCCGGCUCCCACGAUGAGACUGUGCGCCUGUGGGACGUCCAGAGCAAGCAGUGCAUCAGGACGGUGACCCUCAAAGGCCCUGUGACCAACGCCUCCAUCAUGCUGGCGCCGCUCAGCAUGCUGAGCUCGGACUUCAGGCCGGGCCUGCCCCUGCCCCACUUCAACAAGCACCUGCUGGGCGCCGAGCACGGGGAUGAGCCCCACCGAGGGGGCUUCACGCUGCGCCUGGGCCUCCACCAGCAGGGCUCGGAGCCCAGCCACCUGGAGCGGGCAGAGCAGCUGCACGCGGUGAUGAGCGGCACGAUGGAGAAGAGCGUCCUGGGCGGCCAGGACCAGCUGCGGAUCCGCGUGGCCGAGCUGGAGGACGAGGUGCGGAACCUGCGGAAGGUCAACCGCGACCUGUUCGACUUCUCCACGCGCAUCAUCACGCGGCCGGCCAAGAGAUGCACGUCGGGGCGCAAAGAGGUACCUGCACACCCACGUUCACAGCAGCACGGUCCUUAGUCACCGGACACCCCGGUGCCCGGUGCCCGUCCGCGCACGAAGGGUAGGCACUCCGUGGUCCAUCCACACGCCCGAAUGUGAUCCGGCCUUAGAAAGUGCCACCUGCCACCACAUGGAUGGACCCCGAGGACACUGCGCGGUGACGGAAGCCAGACCCAGAAGGACACGUCCUGCGUGACCCCACGCACAGGGGGUCCCCUGAGGAGUCGCGUCCACAGAGCCAGCGAGCAGACUGGGGGAGCCAGGGGUGGGCAGGGGGCGGGGAGUCUGUGCUGCUUGGGGACAGAGCCUCAGUCUGGGGAGAUGGAAAGUUCUGGAGAUGGGUGGUGGGGGCUGGCUGCACGACCGUGUGAGUGCGCCUGAUGUCACUGAGCUGUGCACUUGGAAGUGGUCGUGAUGAGGGGCGCCUGGGUGGCUCAGUCGGUUAAACGUUGACUUGAUUUUUGGCUUAGGUCGUGAUCUCGUGGUUCCGGGGGUCCAGCCCUGCGUCGGGCUCCAUGGAGCCUGCUUGAGGUUCU